GGUAUAUAAAGAGGACGGCAAGCUGUCCAAGAACUUCCCGCUCAUUAACAGACCACAUUCUUCAACGAUCUCGAUACCCCCAAUCACGAUGCGAGCCUCCGCCCUUCUCUUCACCUUUGCGCCCGCCUUCUUGGGUCUGAUCUCUUCGGCUAGCGCUGGUCCUUUGGACCGUCGUGCGACUGCUUGCGGUGCUGGAUUGACACCUUGCGGCAGGGAUUGCUUCCGGGCAUCCGAAGGUCUCUACCACUGUGAGAACGAUGUGUUGAAGCAAGGCCCCGGACCGGCAAAGCCGCCAACCAACCCUCCGAACACGCCGCCGACCACCCCUCCGACCACCCCGCCCACCGGCAGCCCGCCUCCUGCCAAUCCCGGCGGCCAUACAAUCACCGUGGCCAACAAGUGCCAGGAAGACAUCUGGAUCGGAAUCCAAGGAGACCCACUUCCCCGCGACGGCGGCUUCUUCCUCCCUCGCGGCGGUUCAGACAACAUCGCGGUCCCUGCAACCUGGACCGCCGGCCGCAUCUGGGCACGCACAGGCUGCAAAGACCAAGGCGGACAUCUCGUCUGCGAAUCCGGUGACUGCGGCGCGUUCGCCAACGGCUUCGGCGUCGCAUGCAAGGGGAUCGGCGGCCAACCGCCCGCAACCCUCGCCGAGUUCACCCUACAAAGCGGCGGCAAGACCGACUUUUACGACAUCUCCAACGUCGAUGGGCACAACAUCGGCGUCAAGAUCGAGUCGUUCGGGACCACCGUCAACAACCCUGGUCUCGGCAAGUUCAACUGCGGGAACCCCUCAUGUGCGAUGGAUAUGAGCAAGUGUCCGCCGGAGCUGACCCGCAAGACGGCGAACGGUCGCUUGGUGUGUCUGGCUAUCUCGGCUGCCGCCAGAGAUAACGCGCUCAAGUCGGCCUUCCCCGAACUCCAGGCCAUCUUCAACAACCCCGACACUCUCUCGCUCGUCUCCUGCUCUUGCGAUUGCGGUCCCAAAUGCGGCUGCACCGACCCUCGCUCCAAGCACUGCUGCUCGCCGUAUAACAACGACCCCAACGAGAGGGGAGGCAAAUGCAGGGUUGAGCAGUGGCCCGUUAGCCACAGGCCCGGAGCCGGGAGCGCCUUCCCUGCACGCUAUGAUCAGGUCUUCAAGAAUCAAUGCCCUGAUGCGUACUCGUGGCAGUUUGACGACUUGAACAGUACGUUCCAGUGCUUGAACGCGAAUUACAGGGUUACAUUUUGCCCUUGAAGGACAUUCUCGAGUAGAUGUUAGUUUGCAGAUAGAUGGCGGGAGGGUGCAUAGUCAAAAGGAGAUACUCUACCCUCAUUUCGGUGUUCGGCUUCGCUGUCCGGUUAUAUCCCUGCCCCUCCCGUCCGUCCCUCCUCAUGUAAUUGAAAGUCGAACGACGGCAUACGGUAGUACAUUGUAGUAAUACACAUACCUUCCACA